AAAAUGCACUUAUAUUUCAAAAUUAAUGUAUUAUUACACAUUUUUAACUAUUAUCAGUUAUCUAACAUCUGACAACUCCCUUAUCAAUAUAGGGUUUUCUUCUAUAGUAGYGCAUCUAUUCCAUGACACACUACAAUGGCGGACGUUCCCAGCCAAACAGCUUAAAAAGUAUAAACAUAUCAUAACAAUCAUAAUCAUAAGUAAUAACAACUAACAAGUAAUAAUUGAUGAACAGACUUGCGAGUUGCCACUCUCCACUGCUAAAACACAGUUAACAACAAAUUAAAUCGAAAAGGCGAGAACCCAUUAACCAACGGGAAUCGAUCCCGCGUCAAACACACUCGUAAGUCUGUGGGCCUUUGAGCAAAAACGAAAAGUCAAUAUGAAACAAACUGCAAACCCGCGAUAAGUGCUGUAGCGCGAGUGGAAUAGGACGGUAGUACGGUACCAUUGUAGUAUUGUACAAGCGUUCGCUCAAACGACAGACGGCAGUGAUGGGUCCAGACGAACGUGUCGAGCCGUGUAGGCCAGUCAGCCAGCAGUGAUAACGACGCCGAACCGACCGCAGCGGUGUUAAAGACUCCCGACUGCCGAUUCAGUCCCGACUGCCGAUUACAAUUUACAUUCGUCGUCUGUAACCGAGUCGGUAAUUUUUUAUUAUGUCUUGUUCCAAAAUUACUGAAAAAACAGAUGAAGAACCAGAAGAUGAAGAAGCUGAUGACACUUUAGUAGUUAUUGUUAAGCCUGAUGGUACUGUAACUAUAGAUCAAAAUAUGUUCAAUAGAGUUUUGGAAAGCAAUAAAGAAACCAUGAAUAUUAUUCACUUUGAAAACAGUAGUAAUAAAGGCAUAACUACAAAUCCAGACAAUGGAGAGCAAGAGAUAAAUUUGACUGUGCAAGGUUUUUAUCCAUCUAUUUCUACCAAAACAUUCUUAUCCCAAGCCAAUGAAAAUAGUGAUAUGACAAAAAAUACCAUUUAUUUGGAUCAUUGUUAUUAUAAGGAUUGCCCGCCAAACACACCAGAAGUCAACAUUAGUUCUCCUAGAAUCACACUUUCUACCGGAAUACAGAAUAUUACAAACGAAUUGAAAAAAUCAAGUAUUCUAGAUGACAUUGAAGAAAUUGAAGAGAUUACUGUUUCAGCAGAUGAGAGUAUCAAAUCAGGCAUACCAUCAAUACCCUUAUCCAAAAAUAUACCAGAAAAUAAUUUAUCCAACACCAAAAAGAUGCUUAACUUAAGAGUUGGAAAAAAUGAAAAACCAAAAAAUAAGGGUCCUAUAUCUUUAAGAAAUACAAUGGCUAAAAAGAAACUUGAUGAAACACAAAAUCAAACUGAAGAUAAAGCAAGAGCUACAAAAACAGUUAAGCGUCUGUUACCAACAAAAACCUAUCAAGUUCGUCCACCAGUUCAAAAUAAAAACAGUCGACAAAAAAAAUCAGAUGUUAUAGUUGACAAAGUUUUACUACAGGCUAAUGAAUUGAUUCGUCAGUCAAGUAUUGAACCAAAAAAAUACAUACAAAAUCAGUUGAUGUUUAAAAAGAAUAAAGAUAAAAUUGGAAUUAUUGAAAAUUCUUUAGAUUCUUUAUCAGUUCCACUAAACAAUGUCACACAAUUAAUAGAUGUGCCUGAAUUAUUUUCUCCUGAUAUUACUCUUGAUGAUAAWACAUCUAUUCAAACAGUGAAUAUUGAAUUGGAUUCUAAAAUAAAUGUCAUAGAUAAAAUUGAUAAUAUAACAUCAAUAGACAACCGUGUUUCUAACACAACAAAAGAUACAGAACAAGUUAUUGUAAAUAAAGAAGAAACUGGACGAGUACAAAAAGUUUCAAGUCGAAUAAAAGACAAUCCAGUUGAAAUGACUGUAACUAAAACAGUAGAAGACAUAUUAAAUGAUAUUAGUUCUAAAAUAGCCAAUCAAACAGAAAUAAUUGAUGAAGAAAAUUUAAUUGAUGAACUAGCUGAUCUCAAUGAAGACCUUAACUCUUCAAAUUUUGUUGCUCCAUCUAACUCUAGUCACGAUUUAAUGAACAGACUAUUAUCUGAUGAUAGUCUUAAUCAUAAUGACAAAAACGACUCAAUAACAUCRGUAACUGAUGACAAACCUAAAGGUUCUACUAUAGUGGUUUAUGGAAAAUCUGGUAGAUUAGUGACACUGCCUCCAAUUGAGAUUCCCAAAACUCGAUCAUUAGUAAAAAAAGAAAAUCUUGAUGCAAGUAUAAAAGAGCAAGGUAGACAAAGACGUUCAUCAGAAAAUUCAAAAAGCAUUAAUGAUUAUAGUGAAGAAUCAGAUACUGAUAGAGAAGGAACUAUGACUUCAGAGGAUGAUCCAAAUAGGCUAUGGUGUGUAUGUAGAAAACCUCAUAAUAACAGAUUUAUGAUAUGUUGUGAUACUUGUGAAGAUUGGUUCCAUGGAAAAUGUGUGGGUAUAACAAAAGCCUUGGGUGAACAAAUGGAAGCUCGUGGUGUUGAAUGGAAUUGCCCUCCAUGUAAAAAAAAGCGGACAGAAGAUGCACGUAAAAAAUCUGAAGAAGAAAAAGCCAAGAAAUUAGAAGAAGAAAAGAAAAAAAUGAUAAGUUUAAAAUCACCGAUUAAAAACAAUGAAUCAAAAGUCUUUAAAAUUCAACCUCAAUUACAACAAAAAUGUGCUCAAUGUAAAAAAAWUGUUGAAGAUAUUUCAGUAGGUAUAUUUUGCAAAGAAACAUGUUUGGAAAAACAUAUUGAAGAAAGUGUAGCUGCUAUAAAAGCAUGUUGUACAUCAGAUUCACCGGAUAUUAUUCUAUUUGACAAAAAAAACAGCAGAUUAAUCUCUGGUAAACAAGCUCCAAAACUUGCAAAUUUAAGACAAUGGUUGAAAGAAAAUCCAGCAUUCCAAAUUUUAAAACCCUCUGGACCUAAAACUGACCUUAAUAAACCAUCUUUUAAAUCUCAAACUAAUUCUAAGCCAAUCCCAAAUACAUCCAAAAGUCUUAAAAAAGAAAACGAAAAUCGCCUUAAAAGAACAGCCAUUUAUCCAGAAAAACAUAAGGCAAAAGAAAUAAAAAGAGAAUUUGAUGUGGGAGAUUUAUUACAACCAGAUCAAGUCAAACUAGUAUUUGUUAACAAAGAUUCACCAAAAUCAAUAUUACCCAAAAGAGAACCAAUUAAACAUAUUAAUUCUCAAAAAGAACCUAUUACACAUCCUACUCCUCAAAAAGAACUUAAUAAACAUGCUACCCCUCAAAAAGAACCUAAUAAACAUGCUACCCCKCAAAAAGAACCUAAUAAACAUGCUAUCCCGCAAAAAGAACCUAAUAAACAUAUUACUCAAAAAGAACCUAUUAAACAUACUAAUCCUCAAAAGGAGUCAUCCAAAGGUAUACAAUCAGUAACACAGAUAAAAAGUACAUCAAUUUCAAAAACAAAUGUUGUGCAAAAAAUUAUUAAGAAAAAACCUGAACCAGUUAAAAAAAUUGAUCUACCAGUAAAAGAAAUUUUCAAUGAGAAAAAGGGUGAAGAACAAUUACGUACUAAUGUUCGUAAAUCUUUAUUAGAAUCAUUAAGUAGUAGAAUAUCUGAAGAACCAGAAUUAAAAACAGCUGAACAAGAUUUGGAGGAAUUAACCUCGAAAAUUGAAGAAGAACUUUAUAAUCAAUUUACUAAGGUUGAUCAGAAAUACAAAACAAAGUAUAGAAGUUUAUUAUUUAAUAUAAAAGAUCCAAAAAAUUUAAAUUUCUUUAAGAAAAUUAUAUUUAAGUGGGUUACACCAUAUCAAUUGGUGCGUAUGACUGCUGACGAAAUGGCAUCUCAAGAACUUGCUGAGUGGAGAGAACGAGAAAACAAACAUCAAAUAGAAAUGAUCAGAAAAACAGAGUUAGAUAUGAUGAAUCAACCAAAGGCUUUACUUAUGAAGACUCAUAAAGGAGAAGAAAUCAUUGAAUCCAAGGAUAAUAAGGAGACAAUAGUAUCAGAACUUAAUCCUGACAUUAAGGUCGAGGAAAAGAAACCACAGAUUUUAUUAAAAUUAUCCAAAGAAAAUAAAAAGAGCAAAUAUAAAGAAAGCAGUAGUGGUGGUGAACGUGAUCGUAGACACCAUAAGACUAGUAGAAAUCGUCAUAAAUCACACAAGGAUAAAAAACAUAGAAGUCGUGACCGAAGUAAAAGCCGAGACGUUAAGAAUAAAAAAAUUGAUAAAAAUAAUAUAAUUGAUACUGUAACAGAACCAGUUGUUAAUAAAACUGAAGUACGUAAAGAUGAUGAUAUUAGUGAUAGGGAACCAAGUUCAACUGUUGUUAUAGCUACUCCGCCUCGAAUGGAAGAUGAAGCUGGCCCUAUAUGGAAAGGAACCAUAAAUUUCACAGACGUUGCCCGUUGUAAUGUAACAAUGUCUCGAUUAUCUGGUAAUGUAAUUGGAUUGGAGGCWGAAMUUACAUUAACAGUUCUGGAAUGUGUUGGGCGUAUCAAACAACAAACGGUUUGGGAAUAUAUGAGUAAAUUGAAAAAAACUGGAACCAAAGAUAUUAUUGUAACAAAGUUAUCAGCGGGUGGAAUGGAACAACAAAUGUCCUACCUGAGCCUGUAUCAAUACCUGAGUGCUAAAAACCGCAUAGCAGUUAUUGAUACUAAACUAUUUCCAAACAUAAAAGAUUUUUAUCUGUAUCCUCUUGGAAGUCAUAGUCCUAUUCCUCAGGUACUAUUGCCAUUAGAUGGACCUGGUAUCGAUGACUAUAGAACUCAUUUAUUACUGGGUAUAAUAGUACGAAAUUCUAAGAAACAUUGGGUUCCAUCUUGGAAACCAGCUGAAAAUAACUAUGCGCUACCUGAUAUCAACGACACUUUGGCUUUACCUCAUCUUAAACCUGCUUUUCCAUCAUCAAGUCAAGACAGUUAUUCACCAAAAGAAAGUUAUACUCCACCAAGAUCSCCAACUAACAAAAUUCUCAGUUUACCAACACCAGUUUUACCACUAUCUUCAGUUUUGACUGAUGAUGACUUGCCUUAUAUACCUGGAGAAGAAGAACCAUAUUCGCCUGUAGAUGAAGAUGUGCCUAGUUUAUCUGAUAAUAUAAAUACAGCAUCGAGUAUUGAACAACAAAUGGAAGAACUAACUAGAAAAAUUGAAAAAGAAAAACUAGUGAUUCAAAUGAUGACUGCCGGUUCUCAAAAUUCAAUUCUUAUUGAUGACAAUUCUCAAGAUUUAGAUGAAGAAGUAUAUAGUCCUACAAGUGAGCUGGCCCCUCUUACAUCUGAAAUUCAUCUUCCUAGUAAUAUUAAAGAUAUACUUUCUUCCAUAAACACAAAAGAAUUACUUUCAACUGAACCGGAAAACUCUAAAGCUACUACAGAUGUUGAAAAGAAAUGCAGAGACCCUCGCCAACGAAUUUCAACUACUGAACCUCCACCACUUGGCGUUGAAGAUGAGUUUACACCACCUUGUAAUCCUGACAUAAAUUUACCUCCUCCCCAUUUCUCAAAUUCAUACAUGCAGCAACCUAUAAAUUAUAUUGCACCUAUUCCUUAUUCUUACCCUCCUCCUGGGUAUAUGCCUGAUGCUUACCCAAAUCAAUAUGGACCUCAGCAACCACCUCCACCUCCUCCAAGUAUGGCAUUAGACCAAGGAAAAUAUAAUAAUUAUAAUCAACCUGGUUAUGCGUAUAAUACUGUACAAUACCAACCACCUCCUCCACCAUCUUACCCAAAAACUAAAAAAGGAUCAAGAUUUUGGGGCCAUGGAAGUUCUAAAAAUGAACCAAAAAAGAAAAAGUUUAAAAAAUCAGGUGAUCGAAGAGAUAAAGGUUCUUGGAGACGUAUGUAGUUGUUUCCUAAGUAAUUUUUAUGUUUUUGGGUCGUGUUUUUAUUAAAUGUAUGUUUUAAAUGUACAACUUAUUUUAUUUACC